UUCCAAAACACAAAUAAAGAAUCUCAAACUGUGGCAAUAGGUACGUCGACGCUCCAGCAGCAGCGGCGCGUUUAUUUACUAUGAAUACAAGAGCCGAUCAUCACUUCGGCGUAUUCUAUGUUUUUUUGUUGACACUUAUAAUUCUCAUAUCUUAUCCAAGUUAAAUCUGAUGUAGUCAAUUAGCAUAAUUGGGUUAACCAGGAAUUACGCCAUCGUCUGUAUACACUCGAAUCAGAAAAGACCACUUGUAGUAGCUCUCGUGUUAGCUAAUUGAUAAAGAGAGUCUCGAACGCACUACUAUUUUUUUUGUUUAGAUUAUGAUCGUUAUCUCGAUUUGAUUCACCCGAUCAUCGUAUGAAAACCAAUCGAAUCGAUGGCAAAUGUUCGCCUCAUCGAAUUCGCAUAUAAAUACGAGACACCGUGGAUCGAUUGAAUCAAAAACAGUCCAACAGCCAGAAUUCGAAGAGCGAUUUUUUACUACAAGAGUGCAAGAGUGAGAAGAAAAAUGAUGAUCAAGAUUCUGAUCUGUGCUCUGGCAUUCGUGCUGGUCACGAGCGAUUUGUCGAGCGCCGAGUGCAACGAGUAUUGGAUUUCGUACGAAAGGCCUCAUCCUCGGCCAAACCCGCGACCGCGUCCGAAUCCACAGCCUCGACCUCAGCCACGACCUCAUCCGGAGCCACAGCCGGAGGAUCCGCAGCCGGAGCUAAAGCCGAGUGUUUCGCACACCAAGGACGUUUGUCGUCUGUCCACUUGCCAGGGAAAACCUAACACCGAGUGCUUGUUCAGGGAUUACACUCCAUCGGCAAAUUGCGGCCGCGUUAUGACCGUCGGCCUGUCCACGGAAGAAAAGAAAGCCAUCGUCGACUUGCACAACGAGUUGAGAAUGAAGGUGGCUCGCGGACAGGAGCGCAGAGGCGCACCCGGACCACAGCCCCCCGCGACCGACAUGCAGACGCUCGAGUGGGACGAGGAGCUAGCUCAGACCGCCCAAAAGUGGGCCAGUCAGUGCAUCUUCCAACACGACCAGUGCAGAGAUCUCCCCCGUUUCCAAGUUGGCCAAAAUCUCGCUUGGAGAGGCAACACAUCUAAGCAAGGGUUCUCGCAAAUCACCGCUGAAAUUCUCGUAAAAGACUGGUACGACGAAGUACAAUAUUACAACAGAAACAGCGUUCACUACUUCAACUCUCUGUACGGUGCUGGUGGACAAACUGGACAUUACACACAGCUCGUCUGGGCAAAGACCAAUCGCAUCGGCUGCGGCGCCAUAAGGAACUACCAAGGUGGCUACUACAAAUUCACCCUGGCCUGCAACUAUGGACCAGCUGGUAAUUUCAUGAACCGACCUGUGUACAGGACCCGAUAA